AUGUUAUUUAUGUUUUCUAAUGUUUUAUGUGAAAAUAAAUAUGGGAGGUCGGCUAAUGAGAAAAAUAAAAGUGAAGUAGACUUUAGAACAUUACAAAAGCCAUUUAGAAUGAACAAAUUAAAUAUUUUAUGGACAAAAGCUCAACAGCGGCUUACGGAGCCAAAAUUAAAAUCACUUUAUAGUGACUUGAUGAUACAAGAUAAAGAAGAAAUUACUUAUAAGAGAGUUAAGAGUGAAGGUGGUGACAAAGAGGGCUUGAAGGAGGCUGAUUUAAGACAAAAGUUAACAAAUAUUAUGAAUGUUUAUGGACUGCGAGAGCAUUUCGACGAUAAAAACAUUGGCAGACAGAAAAUGGAUCCAGCACAUAACUCUGCCAUGGACGACUAUAUAAACAGAAGUCUCUUCAAGGACAAAAAACUGAACAUGCUGUGGUCGAAGGCGGAGGCCUCAGGGUUUACUCCUGAGGAGCUAUCUGCUUUGAGGGAGGAGUUUACACAUCACCAGGAGAAAAUUGACCAGUACUAUGAUUUAUUGGGCAAUGUGGAGACUGAGGGAUAUGAGGGAUUCAAAAAUGCGGUUAACGAAGAAGAAAUCGAGAACUUUAAUGAAGUGAACCUAGAGACCAAUGAGGUGCCCUCCAAAGAUUUUGUGGAUAAAGCUAACUUGCUGAGGGAGAAGCAUAGAGCGCUGCGUGAUGGAUAUGACAGGCUGCAUAGAAUCGCUGCUCGAGGUCCUACAAACAAAGAAUUUAUAGAGCCCAAGGUGCAAGGUCUAUGGCGUAUAGCCGCUGCGGCAAACUUCACUGUCGAUGAACUGGCCUCCUUAAAGGUUGAACUGCAGCACUACGAGUCUAGACUCCUGAAGUUACGACACUUACAUGCAGACCACGUAAGCAAUCUUGAGAAGCAUCAUAGCAAGGUGGCUGCGGCGGGUGACAAGAUGGAUAUGUUCGCGGAGCAGCAACAGCAGAUAAAAAAGCACGCCAGGAAGGUCGAGAAGAUGCACGCAGAUCUAGAGAGCAAAAUCCUCGCGCGCCACUCCGAGUUGUAG